AUGUCUAAGGACGAAGCCCUGCCUUGUGAAGUGGUUAUCGAGCGUGAGAUUUAUGGGAUAUGCAGAACCAAGGACAGGAAGCGAAAUAAAUGGAAAAAAGAAGGUACAAUCUACGUUUUGACGAGCUUGAUCAAGGCCAGCGAAAAAGAGAUAGUUAGAACAGCCGGUUGUGGCUCAUGGAACGGAGGGACCGCUCUUGAACAAGUGGUGGACACGGACCAGGAUGAUAUCAGUGUGAUAGGGUACAAGAGGAUGUUGCGCUUUGAGAUUACGAACGAAUCGGGUGCAAUCGACGGGAGUGUGGAAAAAGGCCACUGGAUCAUGCAUGAGUACUCUCUACGUGAUGGUAAUACUAUGACUGCUGGGAAAGGCGAAUAUGUUCUUUGUAGGAUAAAAAGAGACGACUCAAAGAACACCAAGAUAUCUCCAAGGAGAGGAAAGAAUGUAGAGGCUGCCACACCAGUUGAUGACCUUAUAGUUCCGAAACCCAAGCGUGUUAGAACAGAGUUCGUGCAAGAGCAGAAGAUGGAAUGUGAUGCGGCACCAGAAACAGAAAGUUGGAUUGCCAUAUUGUUGCGGCACCAGAAACAGAAGUCGUUCCUUUCUCCAAAGAACUACUUGUGCAAGAAAUCUCCAAACUCAAGGUUUCAAGCCACAGCACAACGAUCACCGAUCUUUCCUGGAGAACGAGGAAUGGAGCUAGCAACAUCAAGAGCAAGAGAUUGCACAUUGUGUUGUAAGCAAUCUAAAUUUCAACAAGCUGCAGAUAUUAUUUAUUAUCAGUUUUACGAUUAUUCUAGACUGUGGAAUAGUCCAGUUGAAGCAAUUAAUCUUUUCCUUAAAGCUUUGGCGUCAGAACAAACUAUUCUCGAUGAAGUUACUUUUCUCUCAGCAUUAACCGCAGCUUCACAGUUGCAGCGGUUGGACUUUGCUCAACAGCUUCAUGCAUAUUUAAUGAAGAAUUCAGCGGUAUCACAUAUCAUGAUACUGAACGCAUUGAUUGCCUUGUAUUCGAGGUGCAAUUUGGUUGAUAUAUCCUUUCAAAUUUUCAGUAGAAUGUGCGAAAGAGAUGCUGUUUCUUGGAAUACCAUGGUUUCUGCUUUUGUGCAGAAUGGGUUGGACGAUGAGGGGUUGAUGCUUGUGCACAAGAUGCAACAGCAAGGGUUCACGAUUGAUUCUGUAGCUGUAACUGCUCUACUUUCAGCAGCAUCAAAUCUCAGGAACCUGGAAAUUGGGAAGCAAACCCAUGCUUAUAUUCUCAGGUAUGGCAUUGAAUUUGAAGGAAUGGAAAGUUAUUUGAUAGAUAUGUAUGCUAAAUCAGGUCUGAUUAAAUCUGCACAAGGAUUGUUUGAAAUGUGCUCCACAUAUGGUAAAGAUCUAGCUACAUGGAAUGCUAUGAUUGCUGGGAAUACCCAGAAUGGACAAAUUGAGCAAGCUUUCACCACCUUUAGGCAGAUGUUCGAGCAAAAUAUAGUACCUAAUGCAGCAACCAUAGCAUCGAUUCUUCCUGCCUGCCAGUCAGUGGGAAUAGUGUCUCUAGGCAAGCAACUCCAUGGCUUUGCCAUUCGCAACUGUUUGGACCAUAAUGUCUUUGUGGGCUCUGGUCAAAAACAUUCCUAGCAAGAUCAAGGCAACCAAGCUCAGCAUACAUGAAAAUUGCCGAACUCAACCCAAACGGAUCAUUAGCAUACUUGCUUCCCAAUUUAAGAAGGAAACCGUAGAGCAAAUUUGCUCUCCUAACGCUCCCCAUCCUCGAAACGGCCGGAAAAACAUUGACAAAACUCACAACAGUCACUUUUAUUCCAAUUUUCAUCAUCAUCCAAAAACUCAUAAAUGCCUCUUCAA